AUGAUAUAUUCUAAAUUAUAUGUCAAGCAGAAAAGCUUAAAAUGGUCAGGGAAACUACCAGCCUUGGUAUUACCUUCUUGUGAUUUGGAAAGCCAAUUAAGAAUUGUUUGUGAGAAAUACAGCGGUCCACAUGCACAAAUUGCAACUGAACUUCUUGACAGUUUGUUGCCAGGGUCUUCUGGCCGCCUUGAUGACAUUGUAAAUCGUGGUUUGGGUGUUCGGCGAAAGGAAUCGUCCUUGGCUAUUGUACGAAAUCUUCAUAAAACCCGCGACAGAUCUUCAUCUGCUCCAAAUAUUAAUAUUGUUAGAGAUGAACUAAGUUUUGACCAAAUGAGAACACUUCAAGCCAGUUCAAUGCAUUCUGGAUUGUAUAAUUUUAUUAGUAUGCGUUAA